ACGUAAAACAGAACGUGGUUAUACUUCUUAGGUCAAUCGCAGUUUUUUAUUUUAUAUUUUCUAAUGUAUUUUAAGUAAACAGUUCUUUAUUAUUGUUAAAAAUGAAAGUGGCACAUGUGUUACGAAGAUUUAGUGGCUUACCCUUCUAUAGUUUAAAUGUAUGUUGCCACAGUAAAGCAACAAAGCUGCAAGUGCGAUACAUUUCUACAUUAGGAUUUCCUAACUCGAAAAGGUUUGCUCCUGUUGCUGUGAAAAUCCGUAAUCUAGGAAUAGGACCUACUUCAAAGGAUUUUGACGAGCCUUCACAAGGAACUCCACCAAUAACCAAAGCACAUGCUCAAGAGCUCGUACUCCAUUUGACUGACGAAGAGAGAAAGGUCCUCUUCGAUGCCCUACAAGAGUAUCAGUCUAACAAAAUUAAGGAUGAAUUUGAAGAUAAGUUGGCGGGCCAUAGGUGGAGGACCAAACUCGGCAGACCCAGCAAGGUGCCGACGCUGGGCGACGUCGACCCCACGGGCACCUACUGCCCUGUGCCCGAAGAUUGGCUAAAGAAAAAGUAUGCUGCAACAGUGCCCAAGCCUACAACCAGGGAGCUGUUCCACUUAUCACUAGCAAACUCAGUACCUUUCAUUGGGUUUGGUUUCCUGGAUAAUUUCAUCAUGAUUAUUGCUGGCGACAGUAUAGAGAGUAGCAUGAGCGCGUACAUCACGCUGUCGACGAUGGCGGCGGCGGCACUGGGCAACACGUUUAGCGACGUCAUCGGCAUCGGCUCCUCGUACUACGUGGAGCGCGCCGCCGCCUGGGUGGGGCUGGGCGCGCCCGCACUCUCGCCCGUGCAGCUAGACAUGCCCGUCUCCCGGCGCUUCUCCAACAUGGGGCGCGUGUUGGGCAUCACGCUGGGUUGCUUCCUGGGCAUGACGCCGCUGCUGUUCAAGGACGACGAGAAGAAAGCAGACAACAAGAACGCAGACGCUCAGUAGAGGACCGCUUCCUUCGACAUCGGCGCGAACACCCCACCGCACUCUCAACAGAGCGCAGCCGAGGGAUGGUUUGUACACACACCAAUUUAUAGAACAAAUCUAUAAGCAGCUCAUUUUCCGAUAUGUUUAACGGAUGAAGUUAUAUUUAGGCCAAUUAUGUACUCUUGUACUUACCUAUUAUCGAAUCUCCGCACGAGUUUACUAUAGCACAAUAAUUAGAAUAGUAUGCAAAUUUGAAACUGCUGUGCAGUAGGAGUAUCAUUUUAAUUAUGUAAAAUGCUUAUAAUGCUCUGACUGACUAGGUCACUCCCUCACUCGUAAUGCACACAAAUCAAUGUAAUUAGGGGCACAUGUUUAUAUCUUAUAAAGUCGUAUUUUAAACAUCAAAAUGAAAAUAUUAUGUAUUUAUACAUCUUGUUAGAUGGAUAAUACCAUAUAGAUAUAUGUUUGUGUUGCUGUGGGUGUAGAAUACGAGGGCUCUGUGUUAAUGUUUCUGAAUGUUAUAUUCUGUAUAUGAACGAAAGCAUAAAAUGCAAUAAACUAAUUACCUAUAUUAUUAAUCAAGUAGCGUUAAGUGUGAAUGUAAGACUAAGAGAAUUUAUUGAUGUUGUUUAUCUACGAUUUUAUAAAUAGAUUUUCGGAACUUUUUAUCUUCAUCAUGUUUUUUAUAAAUGAGAUAGUUCAAAGUACUAUGAAGUGUUUCUUGCCAUCGGCGGCUGCCUAGCGCCAAUGUGGUCUGCAUCUAUAUCAGCGUCGUGCUAUAUUCAAACAACUGUGAAGCAGCAGGGACUCUAUAUCGUGCUGCAUUGUAAGUUACCGAUACUUGUCUUCCUCAUCUGAAAGUAUUUCUGAGCAUUUCUAACUAAAUAAAAUGUAACAUCUAGUCAUUGCAUGUGUAUAAUACGUAUCAUUGUUCCAGUACAAAUGAUUAAUAUAUCCUAAGGACUAGUAAAAGUACAUAUUAUACUAUAGACGAGUAGAUUCACCUAUGAUGCGGAAUCCUUUAGUUCUGUAUGUGGACAUAGUGAUCCAGAACAUGGCUAGUAUAUUGUGACAGUUAUCAUAUGACAGAGGCCUGCUGAAUCUACCUCUGGCUAAAUAAUUAGUUUUAUGUUUAUUGAACUAGUUUAAUGAUUCGCUUUUUCAAAUAAGGUCGCAUUUGACCACAGUACCACUUGACGGUGAGCGGCGAUGGCCUAACAUGCAUCCUAGAUGUUAGUGUAGCCAUAAGCUCUAGCGUUGACUAAGAUUAGAGUAUUCGGGACAACAGACUGCGGCAAAUCAAGUCCUUUGCUAUUUGUUUUAAAAAAUAGGAAGAUAUUAUGUUUUUAUAUUGUGACUUUGCUUAGUUUUAAAUGAAUAUAUUAUUUAAAUUUGAAGGUCA